GCUGAGUAAUACAACCCAACAGCGCUCAACUCCGUCGUCAGCCCCGAAAUGACGACCGUCCUUCCGACGUGCCUGCCGCUGUAAAUGGAGCUUGCCGCAAGGUCGCCGCUGCUGCGCUGCAGUCACCGAUGUAUGCUCCGCUCCGUUAAAUGUAUGACGUCGGAAGCUCGUUGAUCGCGAGGACGGACGUGGCGAUCUAGGAGCUCAUUUGCGCUCUGACGAUCUUGCCUGUCCUCGAAUUGCACGUUUCAUCAAAGAGACAAUAAUGCAUGUUCAGUGCCAUCGCUGGCGUGUAUUGUUUUGCUAUGAGAUACUGGAUAUGGCAUGCGUACAAAAAGCAUCAUGGAAUGAAAAAGCAGAGGCCACCGCACCGCCAGCCAUCGAUGGCGUGCGCGCACCAUGAGCGUGACGGAAUGGUCCAAAAGUCUGUGAAGACCCUUGACCCCAUUCCAACACGAUCCAACUGGGAUGCCACGCCGGCCUUUACGAUUUGCUACGUCUAGUCACUUCGCUUCUUCUUCUUGGCCACACGCUUCACCUUGACGAUCUUGCUCGUAGACGACGCCGCCUCGUUCGCAAAGAGCUUCGACACCUCGAGUCCGGAUGUGAACGCGUUGUUGAACAUGACACGCUGCUGGAAGGACGAAAGGAACGGCAGGAACAUGGCAAUGAAGAGCACCGGACCCAAAAUGAUCCAGCCAACCCACCGGUCGUACGACCGCGCCAUCGCGCGCACCACCACGUGGCUUGUCUGGUUACGGUAGACGCACAGCUGGAGGAACCAGUACGCGGCGAUCAAGAUGAUGAUGAUGAUCUCUAGCAAGUUGAUGAGCGAGAUGACCAACAGACUCGCGCAUGCCACUAGCAGACCACAGCAAGAGAGCACGAACUUCAUCUUACGCAGCUUCUUCUGCUUGAAGGUCAAUUUCUUCUUGACACGACUGGCGAUGUAGCCGCAACACAGCAGUAGCAGCACCAAGAUAAACAUGGCACCGGACAGUGCGUACGAGAUAAUGGAUCCCUUCACGAUCUUCAGAUCCUGGUCCUCGUAGUACGUCUUGUACGCUAGCUGCAGGUACAAGCCGUAAGCGACGAAGAAAAAGCGCAUCUUACGGAUCAUCGACACAAUACGCGCGCCCUUCGUCGAGUGCUCCAGGUACUCUACUUCAUUAGACCACCAACCCGACCAGCUAGCAGCCGAGUCAUUGGUAGUCUUGAGCCAGUUCUGCCAGUCGUUGUAGUCCUCGAUCAGCUUGUCCCAAUCAAAGCCACUUGGAUUGAAGAAGAACGGAGCCCACAGCCACGUCGCUGCAAUGAUCCACAGCGAGUACGACAUAACACCAUAGUUUUGGUUGGUCGGCUCAACACACGUCUGGUAGUAGUUAGCGUAGCAUCGAGUGUUCCAGUCAUUGUCCGAAGGCUUGUAGUAGUUGUAGAAUAGAGCAUCCUGCGUCCACGAGCAGUUGCACCACGAGAACGUGCCGUACGCACGGAAUAAGAUCAGCAGGAAGAUAAGCUCCACAGCACGGUAGAAGUGACUGAACGCGUAGAAACGAUAAAGCUCGGCGAACUUCUCGUGCUUGAUAGUGAAGCCACGACCCGUAGCGCGAUACUUGGCACCACCGUGGAUCAACGUGCGGUCGAAGUAGUGCAUACGGGUGCCCAUCUGGAACGUGAAGAACAGCGGACCAAGGGUCAAAAUGUUCCACAGCAGAUAAGUAACACCAUGACGGAAGCCCUGUUCCACACCCACCACGGCAACAACCGGCACCACAAGCAAGAAGCCGAACUGGAACGCCCACGAUGUGUUCAAUGUGCCACCAAUACCAAGACCACCCUUCUCGAGGAAGAAGCUGUCCAUGCCACUCAAAGCCAUGUACACCUUGCCGUAGAUGAAAAAGUACACACCAACAACCGUCAUCGUCUGUGUGAAGUACCAACCCAAGUUACCGUAGAACCACGAAUGCAGACGGAAGAAGUCGAGACGAGAAGCCAUGCGCAUCGCAUCACGAGAAAUCACACACUCGCCGGCACCAGAAGACAGCUUAGCCUCGAACAGAGCCAACUGUUGCAUACCGACAUCACGACCCUUGCCCACUUGGAUGAACUCCUCGUGGGAGACGCGGCCACCACGAAGCGUACUGUUGAAACCAGCGAAAAUAUCUUCCGAAAGAUUCACACCCUUGGAAGCCUUGGCAGUACCACCACAGCCCAUGGCAAACAGCUUGUCAAAGAUAUCGGGGUGACCGUAGUGCUGGCGCACGUGAUUGAUAGCCAGCAUACGCUGACCCAGCGAUACGAACGACAGUUCCUGGAUCGACAUGAAACUAGCAAGAUUCGACACACCACCCGUGAACACGUGCUCACGGAAACCAAUAAUCGUAAGAGGGACCUUGGCAGUCUCAGUGUCCUUCGUUGACAGAAGGUUCGGCAUCUUCAGGGCCUCUUCGAGGUAACCAUCCUGGUUCAUAUCAAUACACUGCAGCAGCUCACCACGCGAGAAGAUGAUGGCGUGGUUUUGGUUCUCGGGCUUACCUUCACCAAUGAUCGGGUUGCCCGGCAGCUCCACACGGUACACCUCAGCAAUGUUCUCGCCGUCAGCACGAACCAGGACAGAGAAGAACUUGGGCGGUCCCUCCUUCAUCUUUUUCGGACCGUCCACAUAAGCCACACGAAGACUUGGGUGCUUGCGGAGCAGAUAUUCCAGGUCGGCAGCCUGUUGCCGCUGCUCAUCCUUCUGCUUACCAUAAAUCUGGCACGUGCAAACGUAGUUGAACUUGAGAGCGACCAUUUCAUCCAGACGCUUACACUUGUUGCAAGGGCAGCCAAACUGGUGCAUGACCUCGUUCUCACAGAUUUCGAGCCAGUGCAGGAAGCGGAUAGCAUCCUCGUUGUACAUCAUACCACGCACAGUACGAGCAAGCGUCUGACCACGGUAACUAGCCCACAUCUGGACUUCCUCCGGGUAUUUUUUCAGAGCCUCCUCCAUGUCCUUAGCCUGAAGACGUUCAAGCAAGUUCUCCCACUCGAAAGGGUAGAUGGUCUUCAGGUAGUACAGCAGCUUGAUACUGUCGUCGUUUUGAGCAGUCAAAUCCUUGAUCGAGUACAUGACAAUUUCGUUGUAGUACGGCGUAGACACUGUCAGCGAACGAAUCUUGCGAAUUGGCUUGGCAUCAGGCAUGUCCAUGAACAAAGAGUUAGCGAAGAAACGCA